AUGUCAUACGGCACGAUACAAGAAGCGCCUCCAGCGACGGGACGUGCUCAGGUGCGCUUUGCUCCAGGCACAUUACCGGCGGCUGCAUCGCCAACUCACGCUGAUGAAGACGCGAGCUCCGAAAGGCAGGAUGCAUCAUUAUUAGAAAGAGCAGGAUCCAGCAUCAAAAGCUUCUACGAGCGAAACUUUGGGCUUUUUCUCGUUUUUCUUGCUCAAACAUGCGGAUCUGUCAUGAACAUAGCGGCCAAGCUUCUGGCAAACGACCCUAGUAUAAAGUUCCAUGCGCUGCAGAUCAUCUUCAUCCGCAUGCUAUGUACGAGUAUCAUUUGCUCGAUAUACUCUUGGUACAAGGGUAUACCUGACUUUCCUUUUGGACAGAGAGGCAUCCGAUGGCUCUUGGUACUACGCGGAACAGCAGGUUUCUUUGGCUUGUUUGGAUUGUAUUACUCUCUUUCAUGGCUGGAAAUUGCUGAUGCCACCGUAAUUACUUUCAUCGUUCCCACAACGACAGCUAUAGUCUGUUUCCUCUGGCUCCGCGAACCCUUUACAUGGAAGGAAGCGCUCUGCAGUCUCAUCGCCUUUACGGGCGUCCUCUUCGUGGCUCGUCCGCCCUGGCUAUUCCCGCAGACUCACCGCCCUUCUUCCGAUGACCCAAAAGUGCCAGUCCCCUCCGUCAGUCCCGAACAGCGCGCUCUCGCUAUCCUAGUUGCCAUAAUUGGUACCUUAGGAGCUAGUACGGCCUAUGCCACUAUUCGUGUUAUAGGAAAACGCGCGCACUCUCUUGUGUCGGUCAACUACUUUUCCGUCAUCGCGACGCUAGCUUCAUUCAUCAUUAUCAUGGUGCACCCAGAUUUGCAUUUCGUCCUUCCUAAGACUAUUGUGCAAUGGGGCUUCAUCGCCAUCAUCGGCAUUUUUGGCUUUUUGCUACAGUUUUUGCUUACUGAGGGUUUGCAAAGGGAAAAGGGUGGCCGAGCUACUAAUUUAACAUAUGUGCAACUAGUAUUUGCUCUCAUAGUGGAAAGACUCAUAUGGGGUACUACACCGCCUGUAGAGAGUCUGGUGGGCGCGGUGCUUAUCAUUGCAGCGGCGAUUGCAGUCAGUCUGCAGAAGGAAGCGAGUAAGGGAGAGGUCAAGGUGAAGCAGGUCGAGGACGAAGAAAGGAGGCUGCUGGAGAAUCAGGCGGAUUGA